CAGAAAUCAGUGUGGAGCAAUCGAUAUGACACAGACUUUAUAAAUGAAAGGCGCCGUCGUUCAAGACACCAGUUGAACUCCGGCCAGACCGCGAAACGUUCGGCUACAGUGCGAGCCAACGUUGACCUCAAAACAUCGAUCAUUACUUAAGUUUAUCGCAAGUGUUUGUCGUGACCGUGUAAUACAUUACGUAAAGAUGCCCUGUCCGUUCUUGGGAUCGUUGAACCAGGCGUUCGUGAGGAACUAUGGAGCCACCCUGAUGAAGCAAUACGGGAACUACUGCCCUAUCAUCAGCCGCGGGUUCCGCUCACUGGGCCAGGACGAGACCAAGUGCCCGUUCAUCCAGGAGAACCCGAUCGUGUCGGAGGCCCCGCGCGAGAUGACCGAGGACAUCGUGGACCGCAGCCCCUACCAGUAUGAGAAGUUUUUCCACGACCAGAUUAACGCCAAGAAGAAGGAUUACUCCUACCGUGUGUUCCGAAAAGUGUCGCGGCUCGCGGCCGAGGGCGCCUAUCCUCAAGCCUUGGAGGGUGCCGCCAACAACCGUGUCACCGUGUGGUGCGCCAACGACUACCUCGGCACGUCCCGCCACCCCGCCGUCCAGGACGCCGCCGUCAGCGCCAUCAAGGCGUACGGCACUGGGGCCGGAGGCACCCGCAACAUUGCUGGUAACUCGCAGAUGACCGAGCAACUGGAGGCAGAAAUUGCCAAGCUCCACAAAAAGCCAGCUGCCCUCAUCUUCAGUUCUUGCUAUGUUGCCAAUGAUGCAACACUUUCCACUUGAAAACUUCUUCCAGGCUGCCAUAUCUAUUCCGAUGCUGGUAACCAUGCUUCCAUGAUCCAGGGUAUCCGGCACAGCCAAGCACCUAAGCAUAUAUUUAGGCACAAUGACCCCAAUCAUCUCCGUGAGAUGUUGGAGGCGUCACCGAAAGGUGUACCUAAACUAGUCGUAUUUGAGACUGUACACUCCAUGAGUGGAGCGAUCUGUCCUCUAGAGGAAAUGUGCGAAAUUGCACAUGAAUAUGGAGCUUUAACGUUUGUGGAUGAGGUCCAUGCAGUGGGCCUGUAUGGGAAACAUGGUGCUGGUAUUGGAGAGGAGAGAGGAAUUGAACACAUGAUAGACAUAGUAUCGGGUACGCUGGGUAAAGCCUUUGGCAAUGUGGGUGGGUAUAUUGCGGGUUCUUCCCUAUUGGUGGACACUGUGAGAUCACUUGCACCCGGUUUCAUCUUUACGACAGCACUGCCGCCACCCGUUCUAGCGGGUUCUUUGGCAUCCAUUAGACUUCUCGCGAGUGAGGAAGGCCGUUCGCUUAGAGCAAAACAUCAGGCCAUGGUCCGGUACUUAAAGCUGUCUCUACUGGUCGCCGGUCUUCCUCAGCUACCGUCCGUGAGUCACAUAGUGCCUGUGCCUAUUAAGGGAGCGGACAAGGUGGCGCUGGUGGCGGAGUCGCUCAUGAAGCGGGGCCACUACGUUCAGGCGAUCAACUACCCCACCGUGGCCCGUGGGGAGGAGCGGCUGCGGUUCGCCCCCGGCCCGCACCACACGCCUGAAAUGAUCGACCAGCUAGUCACUGCCCUGACAGAAGCAUUCCAUGAAAACAAUAUAAGUUUCAACCAGUUUAUAAAGAAUGGUGCAUGCCGCGAAUGCAGUAUGGAAUAUAAGUUCGACGUCAUGUACGAGGAGCCCUACAAGCUUCCCCUAGUGGCCUAGCUUCCAUAUUAGUCACUUCAAUGGUUCCCCACGACAAUUGCUGAGCAAAAGAGAAAAAAGAUAAAAAUAUUAAAUGUUAAGUUAUGUUCUGUGUAUUCUAUGUCCUGUUUAUCCUAUUUAUGGUUUAUGGUAUGGGUUGGGGGAGAAAUUAAAAAAGUGAUCAAAGUU